AAAUUAACCUCCAUAUUCUAACAGCAAACGUUGAGCUCUUUUCAACUUCUUUAAAGUGAAGUUUAGAGGGUUGAAAAAAAUUAGUCUUCGCCCUUUUUUUCCCCCCGUCUAUACACUCUACCUCCUCUUCUUUGCCAUGUGUGAUCGGCCAGAUGUUAACUGAGGAGAGAGAUGUGAGCGUGGCAGGAGAGAGAGCCAAUGAGCGAGAGAAAGAGAGAGAGAGAGAGAGUGCAGAUAUUAGCAGAGAAGCAGAGUAGAUCCAAAGACAUGCUUCAGGUGUGCAGUUGUCUGCUCUGAGGCAUGAGCGUCACGUAGAGUCAGAGAUGACAAAGACCACCGGCUAGUUGAUGCAUGAUUCAGGUGCCGUGUAGUCCCAGUCUUACCAGUCAUGGCUCUCCUCACCAACGCCGCUCAGCACCUGGGUUCCUAUUACUGUCUGAUCCGACGCAGGUACAAGAGGAGGCGCAAGAAACGCUCCGAACGCAAAGGUGCAGUGGCGGUCAGACUGCUUUCCGGUCAGAACAAACCCGUCGCCAUGGAUAUGGAUGAGGAGGAGAACAUGAGUUCAAGCAGCACUGACGUUAAGGAAAACCGAAACCUGGACAACGUGUCCGGCAAAGAAGGGGUGGGUGUGGCUGAACAGCUGCCCAAUGGAAGCGGCCCGGGCAGUCGAAAACGCCCCCUCGAAGAAGGAAACAAUGGUCACACACACUCCAAGUUUCGUGCCAAGAAGCGCAAGAAAACGCCAGGACCGAUCCUACCCAAGAAUGCGCUGAUGCAGCUCAAUGAAAUCAAACCGGGUCUUCAGUACAAGCUUCUGUCCCAGACAGGACCGGUCCAUGCACCAGUCUUUGUCAUGACUGUAGAAGUCAAUGGACAGUUGUUUGAGGGCAUGGGUCCAACGAAGAAGAAAGCUAAACUGAACGCAGCAGAGAAAGCUUUGCGUUCCUUUGUCCAAUUCCCCAAUGCUUCCGAGGCCCACUUGGCCAUGGGACGAACAUUGACCGUAAACACGGACUUUACUUCAGACCAAGCAGAUUUCCCAGACAUGCUGUUCAACGGCUUCGAGACACCAGCCGUGCCCGAAGAGUCCUUCUAUGUCGGUUCCAAUGGUAGCAGCUCAUUAAACUCAUUAGGGGAGUAUCCACUGCCCACACCGCCUGGCAGCAACCUUGUCCAGGCGCCACUGCCACCUCCAUCGGCAUUCAGCUCCCCCUCCAGUGGCAAAAACCCUGUCAUGAUUCUCAAUGAACUCAGGCCAGGCCUCAAAUAUGACUUUGUGUCAGAAAGUGGGGAGAGUCACGCCAAAAAUUUUGUGAUGUCAGUGACAGUGGAUGCACAAACAUUUGAAGGCUCAGGGCGUAACAAGAAGUUAGCUAAAGCCCGGGCAGCGCAGGCCGCACUCUCAGCUCUCUUCAACAUGCAACUAGACCAGACACCAUCCAGGCAGCCCAUACCCAGCGAGGGGCUACAGCUUCAUCUCCCCCAGGUUCUCGCCGACGCCGUCUCCCGACUGGUGGUGGAUAAGUUCAGUGAACUGACUGAAAACUUCACCUCUCCUCAUGCUCGGCGGAAAGUGCUGGCAGGCGUUGUCAUGACAACAGGAACAGAUGUAAAAGAAGCACAGGUAAUUUGUGUUUCUACAGGAACUAAAUGCAUCAACGGUGAGUACAUGAGCGACCGUGGUCUGGCACUCAAUGACUGCCACGCUGAGAUAAUCGCCCGACGCUCGCUCAUGAGAUACCUGUACACCCAGCUGGAGUUCUUCCUCAGCAACAGCAAAGAAGAGAAUCAGAAAUCAAUAUUCAUACACUGUGACAAGGGAGGCUACAAGCUAAAGGACAACAUUCAGUUCCAUCUCUACAUCAGCACCUCACCCUGCGGAGACGCCAGAAUCUUCUCCCCGCAUGAGGCCGGCGUGGAAGACCAAGGAGACAGACACCCCAAUCGGAAAGCAAGGGGUCAGCUCCGGACCAAGAUCGAGUCCGGGGAGGGCACCAUACCAGUGAGGACCAGUAAUACCAUCCAAACAUGGGACGGGGUGCUUCAAGGAGAGAGGUUACUCACUAUGUCCUGCAGUGACAAGAUUGCAAGGUGGAAUGUGGUGGGCAUCCAGGGCUCCCUGAUGAGCUACUUCACCGAGCCGAUCUACUUCUCCAGCAUCAUCCUGGGAAGUCUUUACCACGCCGACCACCUCUCCCGGGCCAUGUACCAGCGCAUCGCAGACAUCGAGGACCUGCCCCAGCAGUUCACGCUCAACAGACCUCUUCUCAGCGGGAUAAGCAAUGCAGAGGCCAGACAGCCUGGGAAAGCCCCCAACUUCAGUGUCAACUGGACAGUGGGGGAUCAGGGCCUGGAGGUGAUCAACGCCACCACCGGCAAGGACGACGUAGGCCGAGCCUCGCGCCUCUGCAAGCACGCCCUCUACAGCCGCUGGGUGCGCCUACACUCCAAGCUGUCCUCCGUGUUGCGGAUCAAGGCGCCCAAGCCCGCCUCCUACCACGACGGCAAGCAGGCGGCCGGCGAGUACCACUCCGCCAAGAUGGCGCUCAUCAAGGCGUUCCACAAGGCCGGCCUGGGCGCCUGGGUGAAAAAGCCCAUCGAGCAAGACCAGUUCUCGCUCGGCUCCUGAGGGGGCCGUCUUUACCGAGGGAUUGUGACCCCCCCGCCCCCUCCACCCCCCCACUCCUCUAAGCCCCGCCUCCCCUGACCCAGGUUUGAAAGAAAGACCCGCCCGCAGGUGACUGUCCGUGUUUGCACGCACUUUCAAUCAACGUGCAUCCUUUCUUAAAACAUCUGGAAAAUGAACCUCGCCGUCGUGUGUUUUCAUGUUGUGUUUUUUUUUUUUUACCGACACGCCGGGUUGCAACUGGAGUGUGUAGAAGACAUUGUGCGUUUGUGCAUGUUUGUCCUAUGAAACCCCCGCCUGCAGACGCGCAGGCUGAAGAGAACCUUUCCGUGUCCCUAAUCACGACGACUCUUGUUCUAAAACGUAGUGCCAGGGGGGGAACAAAUUAGUAGUAGGAACUAGCGAUCUUAGUAACGUUUCUUAAAAACGACAAAGGUAGGACUUUUGUUUUGUUUUUUAACUUUUGGGAACAAAAGAGAGUUUUCAUGUAGACUUCUGAGUUGUUGUGAUCGUGUGUGGAUGUACUUUUAAAAAGGGGGAGGGUCUUAAAGCUUUUAUUUAUUUUUUUUAUUUUUUUUAUUUCCUGUCAGUGUUGGCAUGUGUGAGGCACAGUUAGGUAUUCAUAUGGCCCCACUCCUGGUGGAUAUGCUGGAAACAAUGGAAAGCGCCACUCUACAUAGUUAAAAGUUGGAAUUGCAACAGAACGCAUUUUAAGGCGUUCGACGUUCUACUGCAGGGGUGUCAAACGUACGGCCCUAGGGCCGGAUCAGGCCCAGUUUGCCAAGUAUAAAAAUUAACCUGACAUUUUUGAAUGAAAAUAAACAC